CGUCGCGUGCACGGUGCCGAUGAUCCCUCGUUUCGCCGCGUUCGUGUUCGAGUAGUUGCGGUGUGUACGGACUACGGCGUCUGACAGAGCGUUUCAACGACAACGACGACGGACAUUAAUCGGUGUGUAGUGCGUAUAAUACGAGAAUCGCUCGUUGAAUAAUCAGGUUCGCUUGGCGGUCGUGCCGCACGUACGAACGUUACUUACGGCGAACGGCGGUGGCGGCGGCAACGACGACGACGACGACGAGUGUCGCAGUGACGGUGAUUAAAUCGUGCAGACUUCGGUACCGGCGGACUCGCGAUAAUCCUGUUGUUUCCUUCUCGCCGCGAGAACCGACCUCGUUUCCGUUGGCAUGACGAAGGACGCGAUAUCUCCGUUUUCCGCGGCGAGAUAAUGUGUGUUGACGUGCGCGAGUGAGAAGCACCUCUUCGCGUAUCGUCCUUGUCCCGUCUUGUGAUCGAGGGACAAUCCGCGAGUGAGAUCGUCUACAGGAGGCGGCGACGAGAACGACGUGCACAGUCACGACGACGGCGACGUGACGGAGCGACGUUCGACGUCUAGCAUCUCCGCCCGACCAUGGCGGUGAAUCCGCGUGAUAUGGACGGCUUCAUGCCGCUCCUGUCAACGACGGAUAUCAAGAAGAAGCUCAACGUCGGCACUGCGCUGCUCAAUUUCCUCGGCGACUUGAGCAAGAGCAUCGAGUGCCAGGACAUCGGAAUGUUCAUCGACAAUGUUAUUCCCUGGCUUGGCAACGGCAAUCCCAAGGUUGUCCAGAAUGGUUUAGAGAUCCUCACGUAUCUCGCAGAUCGGAUGGGUCACGACUUCAAACCUUACAUCUCCACCAUCAUCCAGCCGACGAUAGACAGGCUAGGUGACAGUAAAGAUGCUACCAGGGAGAAGGCGCAACUGGUGCUCCUGAAAAUUAUGGAAAAGGGAUGCAUGUCGCCUCAAAAUCUUCUGGAUCGACUUCGUCCAGCCUUCAAUCAUAAGAAUGCAAAAUUACGAGAGGAAGCCCUGAUUCUGUUGACGACUACGUUGAACGAACAUGGAGCAGAUGAGAUGGCACUGUCGGGGGUAAUUCCGAGCAUCGUAAAGCUGCUGUCGGAUCCGUCGGAAAAGGUUCGGGAAACUGCUCUGAACACGCUGGCGGACAUCUAUCGACACGUAGGCGAGAGAUUACGCGUUGAUUUGCAAAGGAAACACAAUGUGCCGCAAGCCAAAAUGCUCCUGUUAAUAGAGAAGUUCGAUCAACUGAAGGCCGCCGGUGAUCUUUUACCCUUGGCAAUGUCGUCCGACGUUGGCAAAGACACCGAUGAACUUGAUCGAGCAGCGAUCAAAUCGGCUCCCGUUAAAAGGCUUAAUAUGCCCCCGAAAAGGGGUCAAUUUGGGCCUGCUAGAACACCAUCCUCUGCCUUAGCUCCUUCUGGUACUUCAUCCUAUACAGUCCCAAGGGCAGUGACCAUCAAAAGAACUCAAUCAGUAAGGUCGACAUCAGCGCAAGCCGGAGCCGUUGACGAAGAAUGCUUUAUUACUUCAUUCGAGGACGUACCUACCGUUAAUCUAUUCUCAGCAAAGGAUCUCGAAGAACAGAUGAAGAGUAUCAGGGAUACCGUGGGUGACGAUAAAAAGGAUUGGAAACAAAGGAUGGAUAGCAUGAGAAAGUUAAGAGCCAUUGUACUCGCAGGUGGCACUAAUUACGAAAAUUUCCACGAGUGCCUAAAGAGCGUACAGCGACCGUUCGAACAGGCCUGCACCGACCUUAGAUCCCAAGUAGCGCGGGAAGCAUGUAUAACUCUCGCUUUUCUGAGUCAGAGUCUGAAGACCAAAUUCGCCAGUUUUGGCGAGGCGGUUUUGCUCACGUUAAUGAACCUCAUACAGAACAGUGCCAAGGUCGUAGCGACAGCCGGAGCGGUGGCAGUUCGGUUUAUCCUUCAAAAUACCCACUGUACUCGAUAUGUGCCUAUUAUUAUAUCAUGCGUGAGCAACAAGAGCAGAGAUAUUCGUAGGGCGUCUUGGGAAUAUCUGGCUUUAAUCCUGCAGACCUGGCCUACGCAGAUAUUGCAGAAGCAUAUAACAAUAUUGCCAGAUGCACUUAAAAAGGGCAUUGCGGAUUCCGAUGCAGAAGCACGAGUCUUCGCCAGGAAAUCAUACUGGGCAUUUAAAAAUCACUUUCCAGAGCAGGCUGAGAUAUUACUUAAUAACUUGGACGCGACGUAUAAACGCUCGUUAAUGUCUCUUAGCAAUAGUGGUAGUAGUAACAGCUUAAAUGUCAUGGCUAAUAUGAGAUCGUCGAGCGUUAGUCCACGUACAGCCAGACCCGUGAUGAGCGCGGCAGGUAGUACGGAAAAUUUGCAUCAGACCACGGGUCAACCGCAUGGUCCGCUCAGACGUACUCCGUCCUUGCCUCGGUCUUAUCGUCAAUCUGGUAUCCCGAUACUACAAAGACCAACAGACAGUCAUUAUCGAGGUACACCAGGAGUUAGAUCUACCAGUGCAAUUGAUUUACAAGCUGCUCAAAGAGCGAAAGCAAGAUUGAUGUACGCGAAUAUGAGCAGACAAAAAGCAGCGGCACUUCCUCGUCCUACUAAAUCCCCGGAUCCUAAUGCGGUUGCUAGCCCAGAAAGAGUGGCAAGGACGAGGACAAGAGUGGCGGGAGUUUCGCAAUCUCAACCUAGUAGUAGAUCGGGUUCCCCGUCGUCUAGAUUAAGUUACGCCACGUAUAAUCGUGAAGGUGAAUCACUAAUCGGUAGACCAAGGCGAUUAUCCGGACAUACUAUUGGCAGCACAAGCAACAGUCGUGAGCCGAGUCCGCAGAGAUUUGGGAGCAAACUUAGAGGAAGGAAUCUACACAUGUCGCCAACGGACAGCACUAGACCACCAGUGAUGGCGCAGAAGAUGUUGCAGAAAUCACGCGAAGCGGAGUCUGCGUUGGCGGAUGCUCUAACCUUCGACAGUAUCGACAAUUACACCAGAAUACCGGGCAACAAAGGGGAUCACAGUGACGACAGCGAAAACAGCAGUAUAUGCUCGGAAAGAAGUAUAGACGGUUUUAGACGAGCCAGUGAUUCGUUCUCAUGGAGUGGCUCUCAAUCGAGAUUAUACCGUGAUCUAUGGGAUCAAUCUAUCCCGAAGGACAUCAAAGAGAUUAUUGAAAACUGUGCUCAUAAACAUUGGGGAGACAGAAAAGAAGGUUUAGUGGGCUUGCAACAUUAUUUGAGCAACGGAAAUACUUUGACAACAACAGAUUUGCGUAGAGUGACGGAUAUUUUUACGAAAAUGUUUAUGGAUUCUCACACCAAGGUGUUCAGUUUGUUCUUGGACACAUUGAACGAACUACUGAUUACUCACAACGAAGGUCUUGGCGAUUGGUUGUAUGUUUUAUGUGCGAGGCUUCUCAAUAAGUUAGGCACCGAUCUAUUGGGAUCUAUACAGACAAAGAUACACAAAACGCUUGAUGUUGUGAGAGAUUAUUUCCCGGGCCAACAGCUUCUACCAGCUGUGAUGAGGUAUCUGACAGAUCCAACACAAACACCAAAUUCUCGCGUGAAAGUAGCAGCAUUGACUUUUAUCACGCAGAUCGCUGAGACGGCAGAACCGUCCGCGUUAGGCAGUUCUGCAGCGACAGCACUUGCACGACUGCUCGACUGGUCAAAUGACGGCAAAAGCCACGACGUGAGGAGACAUGCGCAAAACGCUGUGAUAUCACUUUACAAUCUUAAUCCGCCUCAAGUUACUAUGAUACUCUCCGAAUUACCAAAAUACUAUCAAGAAACAGCUUGGCCUUUAGUACAGAAUCAUUUAAGGAAAUCUUCCACUUCUAGUACUCCGGCAUCACCUGGUACACCACCGCCUAGAUCGCAAAAUUCGCCCGCGCGAACGAAAGCGAAAAACGAUGUUAAAGCGGACAAGACUGAAAUCGAUGGAGGAGACGAGAACUUGGAGGAAGUAUACAAAUCUCUACGACGCACGACCGCCGAAAUCCAAAAUUACGGCUUCGAACGUUUAGAGAGAGCCACCACUAGCAAAGACAGUGGUAUUAGUAAUAUGGCAGAUGUGGAGGAAAGAAUGGAAGGUUUGACGUUAUCCAAUUCGGGUCGAUCCUCGUCCGUUUCCUCACCGACGCAACGAGGACGAUCUGUUAGCAAUAUAACGGUAAAUGGAUCCGAUACAAUUGCCGGUGAUUUGAUUCUACCUCAAGAGAACAAUGGUUAUAAAACGCAUGGAUCAUCACCAGAUUCAACAAACAGACCAGAAAUCGUGGAUAAUAUGGUUAAAACUCUGCAAUCUAAAGUAGCGCAAACUACGGAAAAAGUAUCGGCGUUGCAAGAAUUUCAACUUUAUGUCCGCGAAGGCGAUUCGUCAUAUAUUAAACGAAAUUUCAAGAAAGUGCUCAAAGUUUUGUUAGACAGCUUAUCCAAUGAUGGCAAAGUGAUACAAGUAGAAGUUCUACAAACGCUGAUCGAUAUGCUUAAGUGUUCCGAAUUGAUAGAAAGCUUUUCCUCUUACAAUGAGUUACUAAUAUUGAAAGUUAUCUAUGCCUACAAGUCAGAUGAUCAAAAGGUCGAUUCUUCCGGCGGUAGCGGUGGCAGAUCUCCAGUUCAUUGGAAUGCGGAAAAGUGUGCAGCGACGAUGGCCAUGGUUUUAAAACCGGAACAAAUUAUCCAUUUGGUCUCCACUAUAAUUGCUACAGAGUCAUACCCAUUGAAUAUGGGCGCGAUAAAGAUGUUGCACAAGGUGGUAGAGCAUUGGGGUCGAGAAGCUAUUGAACCUCAUCUUGCCAAAGUAAUGCCUGGUCUUAUUAAGGCUUACGAUGACAAUGAAAGCGCGGUUCGUAAGAGCGCAGUCUUUUGCAUGGUGGCAAUCCACGUCGCGGUCGGCGAGGAAGUGUUGAAGCCGCACCUAAGUUGUCUAUACUCCAGUAAGCUCAAGCUACUGAACAUCUAUAUACAACGUGCGCAGCAACAGGCGAACAGUCAACCUGCGAGUCCGCGUAGUAACAGCAAGAAUUAACCAACAUCCAAUACCACGACUCUCAGGGUCGCGAUACUUAAAAGAUUCGCUCGCUUCGGCGCGCGGCAUGAGCAAGUGCUUGUUAGCUUCCUCAGUAAGUCCGAUCCAUCAUGAUGGUUAAUGACGACGGUUUUAACAGUAUGACUCGAAAGUUUUGAUACGAUAGAGACUGAUGUGCGUAUGUGUGUGUGCGUCACUUCGCGAUGGAGUGCGAAUCGCUAUUCGAGACAACAAAAAUAUAUGCGGAAUCAACGCGACGAUAAUUGUUUUGAUGUUACGUUUAUCGAAUUAAUUGUUAAAACAAUAAGGGCUUGUAUAGUUGGUUAAUUCUUAUUAAGAGAGUAAAGCAAAGGGAAUUCGUAACAUAUGCGGUUCGUAGAUUUUUUUCAUCUUUUAUGAGAGCAUAAAACAACUAUAUUGUUAUAAGAUUAAUUAUAUGCCUUUAAGUGAGCAUCACAUAAUUUCGACUGAUACAUCUUUUAAGUACUGUUCCGUGAUACGCAAGGAGGUUUUUUUCUAUGGAAAGGUUUGUGAAAUUAUUUAUGCAAUAUUAUAUAUUCCUUUAUGAAAUGAACAGCUUCUUAAUUUGUUUAAUUUUGCUAAUUAUCUUUUUUAUUUUCUUACCACGAUCUUGUACAUAAUGCCAACUAUGCCGUAUUUUAUGGUAGGAAGCCACAGUAUUUAGGAAGUCCAAUAUUUAUGUUGAUACGUAUAUGACCGAACUUUUAUUUCCAUUUUUGCAAACAGUAAGAUUAAAAUAUUUUUUUUCUGUCCCGGGACUUCAAAUCUUCCAUCGCCAUAAGGAACUGAUAAUUCAACGAGAUGGAUGACAAACUGAGAGAACGCAAUGCAACAUCAGUCUACGAAUGAUUUAAAUAUCUCUCGUAAUGCGCAGCCGAACACUAAUCACGCAAAUUAAUCAGCAAAUGUUAAAAUAUGUAUAUCGUAUGCUUAUUUACAUUUAGUACCGAAUUUACGUUUAGCGUCGAGCGUAAUUGCAUGUCCGGCGAUAUGUCGUAAUGCACCUCACAGCAACGACACGUGAUAAGGAAAAAUGAAAAGUGUAUAAUUUAUUCAACUGAAAUCUACGUGCUAGUCAGAUUCCCAAGGACGCACAAUGACGUAAAAGACACAAACGGAAUAGUCGAGUCUUUUUUUGACGAACCAUGCAUAGACACAAAUAAAAUUAAACAUUAAAUUAAAUAACAUACACGAAAGAAUAUACGUGAGAGAAAGAGAGAGAGAGAGAGAGAGAUUUUUGAUGUGAGAGAAUGAGAUUGCGUGGCUGAGAAAUUAGCGCAUGUUUAAGAAGCAAGCAUAAAUAAAAGUAGCAGUGAUUAGUAAAUUGAUCUGCUCGAGACUAACAUUAACACUUAAACUGUUCAUCACGUUGCCAAUAAUUGAAUGAACGCUAAAUCAAACGCUAACGUAACGAGUUUAGUAACAUUUUGUGCCAUUGUCGUUUCUGUUUACUGUAUAAGAAAAAAAAUUAUAUAUAUUCUACGUAUAAAUCAUCCCUUUUGUCCUUUUCUUACUACAUAUAUUUAGUCGAGAUACGAUAUAUAUACAUAUAUAUAAGGAUAAUAAAUAUAAUUUUAUUAUGAAUUUGUCAAGGCGCAACAUUGAAGAGAUUUAUUAUGAGAUAUCGGAAAAAUUUUUUUGGAAACGUUCGAUGUGGAUACGAAUAUACCGAACGUAAAACAGAUAGAAAAAAGUGAGUCACUUACGAAUAUAAAAAAAUCUGAUAAUAUCUCGAUAAUUCAGCGUGAUGAUUCACGUCUCGGAUACGGCCAAAUAGUGCCAAAGAAAAUGCAAAAUAUCGAAUAAAUAUUAGAAUGAGGAGUAAUUUGAAAGGGAAAACACGAGACAGACGUACUGUAUUUCUUUUACUUGGUGCCUUUGACGUCGACGCGACGGAAUUUGAUUGAAGAUUGUCUUUCAGCAUCACCUAGAAACAAUUUUGCGGAUAACACGAUCGAGAUUAUAGAGGAGGAAAAUAUAUAAGGUCGACUGUUGCCGACGUCGUAUAAAUGAACACUGCUUCGCGAUAAAAAAAAAGAAGAAAAAGGUCUUAUUGAUUAUUCUCGUAGCAUAGAAAAAUUUUAGAUGAACUCGAUAUUUUUCCCAUUCUGCGCUCCGAAUAGAAUCUCGGAAAAUACAUUUCACGAAUAGAUAUUUAUUCAACAUGCGAAUAUUAAUUACUCUACGCUUGUGCGACACUUUAUUCGAGAUGCUGAAUUGUCAAAUUAUUGUCAAGAUAAAUAAAUGAUGUUUGUGGAUAGCCUCUCGCGGAAAAGACGAGACGGAUCCUCGUUGCGUAAUUAAAUAAUCGAUAUUUCGCGCGGCGAUAUUCUAAUUGAAAGAUUUAAUCGCGCCUUUAAAUCUGCGGAAAAUUCAAAUACGCCAUUAAGUAACCAUCUGUAAAAUCAAGUUGUAUCAAAAAGAGGGCUCAACGCAGAUCAAUAAAAUUCGCAAAGAUCCAUUUUAAAUAUACAUAUAUAUAUGCAACGUUUAUUUCAAAUAUGCAUCUUGCGAAUCUUGUCUUGCGUUGAUUCUCAAUUUUCGAUACUCAAGCGCUUUGGCGAUCUAUUUGACUUCGCGUCGAUUUAGGGCAUGGCCUGUGUGACACGUGGUUGUGUGUGUGUGUGUGUGUGUGUGUGUGUGUGUAUAUAUAUAUACAUAUAUGAAAUAAUAUUUAGAACGUGUAAUUAUAUUAUACGUAAUAUAAUAAUUGAUAUACGGAUUAGGUAGCUCAUCGUCACUGCCUGCAGCGUUGGUCGUGCUGAGGAUACGAGGCUCUCUGACACAGCCAGGCUCUGCGUGGUGAUAAUGUUUAUCGAUUCGCUUGUUCUGUUAAGUUUUACGAGCGUUAUUAUUAUUAUUAUUAUUAAUAUUAUAUCGAUACUCGACUUGCGUUGUAAUUGUAACUCGAUGCGUGUGUGAUAUAUAUGAGGAUUUGGCGGUGGGCGUUACGAAUGAUCCUCUGCGACAGUUUCUCCUUUCUUUUUCGAACGCGAAGCCGGAUCGUUCGGUUGUCUACGGAGAAGCUAUAGAAUGUAAGCCUCCUGCGUUAUCAUUUUAAUGUUUGUUAACAUCCGCUGUUAACUAUUUCGCGAGCAUAAUAAAUUUCGUCGUUGAGCGUUUCUGUCGUGCCCCCCCCCCCCCCCCCCCCCCCCCCCCCCCCCCCCUCCCCCUCACGUGCACUGCUAUCACGUUUCUUCUUUUUUGCAUCCAGCAGUUGCAAAUCGUAGUUUUAUUCAUCCGCUUUGCGCGCAAUGCGAAAUGUCCCAAAUCGGCGCGUUAAUUGUCUCCCCGAUUAUUCGAAGGUUCGACUAUCGAAAAACAAAUUCCAUGUGCGUGCGCGAUGAUCGACUGAUAGCGCGACUCGUACGAUCUGCUAAACAAUAAAAAAAACUUAUUUUUGAAAUUCGAAAAGUAAAAGCAAAUUAGAUAUAGAUACUUAGAUUUGAGAUUCAACAGUGUGGCAAAAAGCUCAACUUAAAAAAAAGUUGAUUUCCUGAGAAAGUAUGAGUGAAUGGGCACCGCAGUUAUUUAUGAAUGAAACAAAGAAUGUAUUGUAAUUACUAAUUAUUGCGUCUUUAUUGCUAUGAAAAUUUUACAUAUGUUCGAUUAUGUUUAAUAUAUAUCAUAUUUGACAUAUAUUAAAGGGGCGUGAGACACAUUUUCUUGCUGCGAAUUCGAUAUAUGUAAAAAAAUCUGGAAAAGCUUAGUAAAAUUUUCAAAGAACGUUCCUUACAA